CUGUUUAUGCUAAACAGACGUCCGCAAUGGGAGACACGGCAGAAGAUACGAAACAUGUUUCGCAAAAGCGACCGUUACUUACGAAGUCUCUGAUGGAUUCUGCUGAACCAGAGCCAACAUCAAGGGUCCUAGUUAUCUAUACGGGUGGAACAAUUGGAAUGAAAACCAAUGACAAUGGAGUGUAUGAGCCAAAGGAGGACUUCCUUGUAAACAAGUUAAGAACACUCCCAAUGUUCCAUGACAAGACAUAUGCUGAUGAAAAUUUUGGGGAGGAUGAAGAGGAAUUUCUAGUCAUGCCUCACCAGAAGGGGAGAAGAGUGAUGUAUAAAAUAUUGGAGUACAAACCACUGCUGGACUCCAGCAACAUGAUGAUGACAGAUUGGGGAAAGAUUGCUUCAGAUUUAUAUGAGAGCUAUGACAAGUACGAUGGAUUUGUGGUGUUACAUGGGACUGACACAAUGGCUUACACAGCCUCUGCUUUGUCAUUCAUGUGUGAAAAUCUAGGAAAGCCAAUUGUUCUCACGGGAUCACAGAUUCCCAUUUUUGAAGUUCGCAGUGAUGGGAGGGACAACUUUCUGUCCUCCCUUAUUAUGGCAGGAUUGUAUAACAUACCAGAGGUCAUGGUGUGUUUUGACAACAAAAUCCUGAGAGGAAAUAGGACAAUAAAGAAUGAUGCUGGGAGCUUUGCUGCAUUUAUCUCUCCAAAUCUGCCACCUAUUGCAACUUUAGAAAUUCGUAUUUUUGUGGACUGGUCUGCAGUCUUUAGAAGCACAGGAACAGAAAAGUUCCGAGUCCACACCAACAUGUGUCAGAAUGUCGGACUCCUGCGUAUGUUUCCUGGCAUUACUACUCAAACUGUUCGAGCUUUCCUUCAGCCCCCAAUGCAGGGAGUUGUCUUGCAGACAUAUGGAGCAGGAAAUGCCCCUGAUAACAGGCCAGACCUACUAACAGUCAUAAAGGAGGCUUCCAAUAUUGGAGUGAUUAUCAUCAACAUAACGCAGUGCACCAAAGGGUGUGUCAUGUCCUCAUAUGCCACAGGAAAGGCCUUGGAGGAUUCUGGUGUUAUAUGUGGGGGAGACAUGACUCCAGAGGCUGCUCUGACCAAACUGAGUUACGUGCUCAGCAAAGAGACAUGGACAUUAGAGAAAAAGCGUAAAUUUGUAAGAAGAAAUCUCCGAGGAGAGAUGACAGUUGUGGGGAAAGAAAACAUUACUAUCCUGGACUUUGAGUUGAUUGAGAGUGUGGCUAGAACACUAAGUGUCAGCAGUACAGAGGAAAUAAAAAAGUUAAGGGAUGCAUUAUAUCCCAGCUUGAUGUGUGCAGCAGCCCAGACAGGGGAUAUUCAAGCGCUGGAAAAGUUACGGGAGUUGGGGGGUAACUUGUCCUCACCCAACCAAGAUGGCCGUUCAGCAUUACAUGUGGCAACACGAGAAGGUCAUUUGAGUACAGUACAGUAUUUGCUCCAUCAGGGAGCUUCAAUACAUCUGAAAGAUUGUAAUGGAUUCACACCUCUGCAUGAUGCGAUAAAAGGGAAACACCUCAGCAUCAUUAGAUUGUUGGUGAAGACUGGGGCAAUUCUGACAUUGAAGCCAAUAACUUUGGCCAUGGAACUUUGCUGUGCUGCUGCCACAGAGGACAUUGAAACACUGCAGGCCUACCGAACUGCUGGGGCCAACUUAAAUGAAUGUGACUAUGAUAAAAGGACAGCACUCCAUGUAGCUGUGGAUGCUGAGUGUAAGCGAUCCAUCCAUUUCUUGUUAGACAAUGGAGCAAGUUGGAAUGUGGAAGACAUAUUUGGAAACACAGCCGUUGAAUGUGCCAAGAAGAGGAAUCUCACAGAAAUCAUAGAAAUGUUUCAACAGAAAGAACGAGAAAUCUUGUUUGUCAAAGAAAAUGGGACAAAAUAAUCCUGUGCAUUUCAUUCCAUACUUCAUACUUUUACCAUGUUGACCAGUGAAAUUUCUGGGCAUGUGUGAAGUGCCCUCUGUGACAGCAAGAAGCAUGCUACAGUUGUUAUUUUAAAAUUCAAGUGAAAUAUGACUAGAAUAUACUCAAAUACCUUGUUAACGAUUGGUAGCAACUGGUCCUUGUUAACGAUUGGUAGCAACUGGUCCUUUGUGUGUUCUUGAGGUGUAAUCUCUUUGUAACAUGUGCCAAAUUUCUUUAACCUUAGUAAGGUCAUCACUCUCUCUUGACAGAGUAGAAUAUACCUAUUUGACUUGGAUGUUUUAUCUGUUUUGCCUCAGAUUAGAAUGACACUCUGUUAUUGGAUAAAAUACUUCAUGUGAUUGCCAUUUAAAUUUCUUUAGACAGCGAGUAGCAAAAUUUUGACGUAACAUGGCGUCCAGAACGUCUUUUUAAAUGUAUUUCUUACUUAUACAUAUUUACGUAUAAAACAUGUUUGUUCUCAACAAAACAAAAGACUUCUCUGGACUUUAAGAACCUGACAGUCAGUAACAAACCUAAUAAGUAAUAUUAGUCAGCAACAAUUUUAUCAUCUCUCUGAGGUUAUAAUUACAAUUUUUUUUUAUAAAAACUAUACAUUUGAAAAAGAAUGCAUUAGUAGUGUUCAUCUGUAAUGAUUAAAUUUCUGUAACAAUUUUUUUAUAUGCCUGUACGAUAAACAUGUACAAUAAAUCUCCAAAUUAAUAUCGGUUUGGAGAAACGAGGCAGUUAUUGAAUAUAUAUGUACAUCUUUAGAAUACAGGGUAUUAUUAUUUCCAUUCAUGACUAAAUAUUAAUAUCACUAUAUUGCAGUACCAACACAUGAGGUAUUUCCAGGUAUAGAAUACAUGUACAUUGUAUGUGUAGAAGUAUAUCUAGAAUACAUGUUCAUUGUAUGUGUAGAAGUAUAUAUAGAAUACAUGUACAUUGUAUGUGUAGAAGUAUCUAUAGAAUACAUGUACUUUGUAUGUGUAGAAGUAUAUUUAGAAUACAUGUACAUUGUAUGUGUAGAAGUAUAUAUAGAAUACAUGUACAUUGUAUGUGUAGAAGUAUAUUCUUUUCAGAUUGAAAGUAGUUAUAGGGGUGCUUCUAUAGUAUAUUCAGUCAGCUUGUUCUCGCGUCUGAAAUAUCUACUGAUGACGAGUUGGAGUGGUAUUUUAGUAAUUAACGUGUAGUAAUUACUUUAUAUGAUGAUGCUUAUUAUAGUGUAAACAUUUUGUUGCAUGUUAUUAUAGAUUUUUAGUUUCAGUUUUAAAGUUUAUUGAAUUUUUAUUCAAGUCCAUGAUUUUUUUUUAAUCCUGGGGCCUGAUGUUUCUGUUUUGUACUGGUAGCUUCUCGAGUGAUUUAUCUGAGUGUAAUAUGUAAUAUCUGAAUUGAAAUGUAACGUAUUGUCCCCCCCCCCCCCAAAUUAUUCAAACUCUAAAACUCUUAUUAUACCCCACACAAUGAAUUGGGGGGUGGGGGUGGGGGGUGUUACUUUUUCUUUGAUUUAAUAGAAUAAUAUUUAUCUUGUACUGAAAUCAGAAUUGCAAUCCUACUGACAAAUGUACAUUCCUCUAUCAUUAUUAACUUCAUUUGGAAACAUGUUUUUACUCUGUUUCUUUUUCUUUUUUUCCGGUACUUUUUUGUCCAGCAGUGUUCUCAGGAACUACUUAAGGGAUCAAUAAGAAACCUUUUUAGGAUAUGAUAGCAUAUCAUUUGUAGUUGUGUAGAAUGAAUAUCAUUUUCUCUGAAAAUACAUGUGUGUUUUUCUGUGAAAUUGUUUGAAAUUUAUAUUGUAGGCAUAUCUUGACACUCUAAACCGAUUGCCGUGGUCAAAAUCACCAAUCUGCAUGUGCAUGCAUGUGCUCUUCAUUUUAAUUGGAUAAUACUAAAACAUUUGUAGCUCUCUUAUGAAUAAAGGGAGUGGAAAGAUAUUUACAGCAUAUGUAGAUAAUGUGAAAAUGGAGAAAUAUGAUAAAAAAUGCCAAUGCACUUGCAUGACCUUCGUGUUUCUUAAAAGGACCACAACUUUAUUGUUUAUCAUCAAAAUUAUUUUAAAUUUAUGUUGUAGAUGUAUCUUGGUACUUUUUUCAAUUUGCUGUUGUCAAAAUUCUGAUAGGAAGAUUUUAAAAUCAUCAUAACUUUUUUAUAGAUGAUGAAAACAUUAUGAAAUUUGAUAAAUUUCAAACUUUGUGUGUGUGAGUGCACUUACACCGAAUUUCUUUCAAUUCCAUGGUACUAGAAUGACUGUAAAUUUCUUGUAAAAGACUGCAAUUUUAAAGUUAUACUGUAGACUGAUGUAAACAAAAAUUGCGCAAAUCAAAUUCAUGUGUGCACAAAUUUACAUGUAUAAUGCAUCUUUAAAUGUCUGAAAUGAAGUAUUUGUCAAUAGGAAUUUUAGUUUCAGUGAUGUUGAAAUUUAUGUUAUAGACAAAGGACUCUCUACUGAUCUGUGGUGAAAAUCACUUAUCAGCAUGCAAUACUUAUAAACAUCAUUCACUGAAUUGUCCCGUUAUGAAAUGAAAGUCGUAAUAUAAGUACAUAUUGGUGAAAAUCACUUAUAUCAAUGCACAUAAUUUUGACUGGAUAAUGCUUUAAACUACAUAGCUCUCUCAUAACCCAAGGAAUACAAUGAAAAUUAUACUGCUGUUAAUUAAAGUGUAGAUUGAAUGAUUCAAUAGAGCUUAAUCAAACAAAAAGAACGGCCCCAUUACAAUUAGAAUUAGUUGUUUUAGAUUUCUUAGUGGUAAAAGUAAGAUUAUUUUGUAAUAUACAAAAAUGGUCUUAAAUCGAUCAAGUUUGCCUAUACAACCUAUCAUUGGGUCAAAUGCUUGUCUGGCGUGUUUCAUACUGAUUGUUAGACUGUUCUGGGCACACUGAUUUUGACUACGGGUCACUCUGUUUACCUGAUUAGGAUAUAGGGCUCAUGGCGGGUGUGACCAGUCGACGGGAUGCUUACUCCUCCUAGGCACCUGAUCCCACCUCUGGUAUAUCUAGGGGUCCAUGUUUGCCCAACUCUCUAUUUUGUAUUGCUUGUAGAAGUUAUGAGAUUGAUUACUGUUCGUUAUCUUCAC